AUGACAGCCGAGCGAAGAAAGAAUAGACAGCCGGAUCCAUUCCGUGCGGUACAGGGUGCCGACAACAGUGAAGCGUGGAAAGAUUUCCGAGAAGCAUUCUCGGACUACGGCCUAGUCGAGGACCAAUGCAAAGAGACUCCGGAGAAGCAGGUUGCCAUAUUCCGUGCCUGCUUGGGCGACCACAAUAGACAGUUAUUGAGGAGCUUGAAUCUCGGAGCAAUCCUGAGCAAUGACGUUGCGAAUCCGGAGUCACCGUGCCGAACACUCAAGGAAAUCAUAAAGAAGCUCGAUCAGACGUUCGCACCGCAUGAAAACGUUCACUUCCAUCGCCACCUGUUCUCAAGAAUCAAACAGAGCGAGGGCGAGACGGUGUCGGAAUUCGUAGGACGCGUCUAUAAAGCAGUGAAACCAUGCAAGUUCACAGCAGAGUCGGAACUUGUCAUGCACCAACUCAUUAGUGGAACCUGUAUGGAGGCGGCGAGACGUAUCGUUUUUGAGGCAGACCGAUCGAAAAUUUGGGAGAUCGAACACGUCAUAGCCGUAUUGAAGCAAACGGAAGCAAACAACGAGCAACUGCCAGCAUUCAGAAGAAGAAAAAGUCCUGCCAUCGUCGAGACGACAAUCUGGACAAAAGACGAGACCCUGGCAGAGAAGAAAAUCAUCAAGCAUGCGUGGAAAUUGGCCGUCCAGUUCUCAGGCAACAUCGAGCAAGCACAUCUGUGA